GCGCAUCGGAGCCGCUCUCUGCAGAGCCAGAGGGCGGGUGGGCUUCCCGGUGUGCGCCUAAGAGAAUGGAUCGUAGGUCCCGGGCUCAGCAGUGGCGCCGAGCUCGCCACAACUACAACGAUCUGUGCCCACCUAUCGGCCGCCGGGCAGCCACCGCGCUCCUCUGGCUCUCCUGCUCCAUCGCGCUCCUCCGCGCCCUUGCCACCUCCAACGCCCGCGCCCAGCAGCGCGCGGCCGCCCAGCAGCGCCGGAGCUUCCUUAACGCCCACCACCGCUCUGCCGCCCAGGCGUUCCCCGAGCCCCCCGAAUCUGACCACGAGCACGAGGAGGCAGACCUCGAGCUGUCCCUCCCCGAGUGCCUAGAGUACGAGGAAGAGUUUGACUACGAAUCCGAGAGCGAGACGGAGACCGAGUCUGAAAUCGAAUCCGAGACCGACUUCGAGACCGAGCCUGAGACCGCCCCCGCCACUGAGCCCGAGACCGAGCCCGAGGACGAGCGCGGCCCCGUGGUGCCCAAGCACACCACCUUCGGCCAAUCUCUCACCGAGCGUCUGCACGCUCUGAGAUUGCGGAGCCCCGACGCCUCCCCGAGUCGCGCGCAGCCCAGCACUCAGGAGCCCCAGAACCCCAGGCAGGGGGAGGAGCCCGAGCCCGAGCCCGAGGACAAGGAUCCGAGGGACCCCGAGGAGUCCGAGGAGCCAAAGGAGAAGAAGAAGCAGCAGCGCCGCUGCAAGCCGAAGAAGCCCACCCGCCGCGACCCAUCCCCGGAGUCCCCUUCCAAAAGGGGACCCAUCCCCAUCCGGCGUCACUAAUGGAGGACGCCGUCCAGAUUCUCCUUGUUUUCUUUGACUCAGGUUAGUUGCCCACCGCUAAACUGGGGAAGCCUGGGGUCGGUGUGGGAGCCCGCGGGAGGAGAGGAGGGAGAAGGAGAGGCAGGUUAGGAGGAAGGCGGGAAGACAGCAGGCUCAGCUAGCCAGCCCGGGAGGUGGGUGGGGGUGCCGCCGGCAGGCUGGGAAAGGCUCCCCUGGGCUCCGGGACGGCGCCGGGGGCGCCCAGGUGGCCAAAGGCUUGUUGCACGACGGUGCGCUCCUGGCGCCGGGCUGGAGACAGCCUGAGGUCUCCGAGCUGGUGUCCAGGACGCGCGCCCAGAAUCCCCGGCGCGCCCCAGGUUUCCAGCUGCACACCGAAAAGGCACGGGUAAGUCACUUGUUUCAUGCGCUCUUUCCCCCCUCUUAAACACUGGCCUCGAACCGGUUGGCCUUGGCAGGCGCCCGAAACGUGGUUCGGAGGUGCGCGCGCCAACUUUCACGGUGCGAGAGCGGCCGCGCCGUAGCGACACUGUUGCAAUGUGCGAAAAGUAAUCACACCGGGAUUGGGCGAGAACUCCGGAGACUGCCGGCUCCGGGAAAAGUCGCGCGCGGCGCUUUAAGACACUCCGAGCCUGGAGCCCAGGUCCCAGCGCUGCCAAUUUGGAGCCGCGGGACCUCGGCGCCAGUGCUCCCCGCGGCUGUGCGCUAGUCCUGGCCGCCACCACCCCUCUCCGGGCGCUCACGGGGCGGGAGUCCACUGCAAAGAGCGUGCGCACCUGCCCGCGCGCUCCAGAGCCGACCUCCUCGGGACCGCCCGCGGUUCCCCACGAAUCACGCGUACUUGGAGGGCUGGCAGAGAAGGUACGGGAGUCUUAGGGGGUGCCCCUACCGGCUACCAGGGUCAGUGGCGCGGGCUUGGUCACGUCGGGGCA